AUGGAGGUCUACAUUGACGACAUGAUGGUUAAAAGCCUCCAGGCAACCAAACAUAGAGGAAUUGAGGCGAAUCCAGUGAAAGUAAUGGCCUUGCUAGAAAUGAGGUCACCUCAGAAACCGAAAGAGGUCCAAAGAAAGAAAUUUCAAUGGACUUCGAAGUGUGAAAAAGCCUUCGAGGCUCUGAAAAAACACCUUGGAAAGGCGCCCCUCUUGUCAAAACCUCAACCGGAUGAGUCUCUACUGCUAUACCUAGCGGUUUCGGACGUGGCGGUCAGCGCAGUCCUAAUCAGAGAAGAAAAUAAGCGCCAAUUGCCAGUGUACUACAUCAGUAAAACACUUCUCCCAGCUGAAACAUGCUAUCCAGACAUGGAGAAACUAGCACUCGCCCUUAUCACAGCCUCAAGAAAACUGAGGCCAUACUUCCAGGCCCACUCAAUACAAGUUCUCACAAACUUCCCACUAAAGCAGGUGAUGCAGAAGACAGGUGCAUCAGGACACCUACUAAAAUGGGCAAUUGAGCUCAGUGAGUUCGAUCUAACGUUCCGACCUCGACACGCCAUCAAAGUGAGAUUCGACUUCAAAGCCUCGAACAACGCUGCUGAAUAUGAGGCCUUUCUGACAGGUCUUAGACUCGCUAAGGAGAUGAGGUUCAGGAUGCUCCUGGCAAGUAGUGAUUCUCAACUUAUAGUUCGAACUGACUCAAGUCUCCCAUCUAGAGAAUGCACAUGCAGACGCCCUUUCAAAAUUGGCCAGCAGCAUGGAUUCAGAGCUGCUAAAGGUCAUCCUAUUGAGCACCUAUCAAAGCCCUCCACCUCUGGAGGUGAAGAGAUACUGUGGAUAGAAGGCACCCCAUUAUGGAUGCAGCCCAUCAUCGCCUACCUAAAGGAUCAAACACUGCCUGCUUCUAGAGGUGAAGCAAGGAAGUUAAGAAAAAGGUCUGCACACUUCGUCCUGCACGAAGAUACCCUUUACAAGAGAGGCUUCGCCUCGCCUCUUCUUCGAUGCGUAGGAGGUGAAGAGGCCACAUACAUACUCAGGGAAACCCAUGAAGGAAUCUGUGGAAAUCACUCCAAAGGAACAGCUCUGGCACACAAGCCUGCUCAGAACCUCUCCGUAGUAACCAGUCCUUGGCCAUUCGCUAAGUGGGACAUUGACUUCAUUGGUCCACUCCCAAAAGGGAGAGGAAGUGCAGCUUUCGCUAUUGUCGCCAUUGACUACUUCACUAAGAAGCUUGAUACCUCAAAGGGGGCCUGGGUUGACGAACUCCCCCGCGUCGUCUGGGCUAUCAGGACUUCUUGCUGGACUGCAACCGGUGAGACACCAUUUUCCAUGACCUACGGAGCCGAGGCCAUGAGUCCGAUCGAAGUCGGGGUCCCAUUACAUCAACGGGUGCACUUCAAUGAGAUCAGCAACGACGAGGCUCGAAUAAAUGAAUUGCACCUCCUUGAGGAAAGGAGAGAGACCUCCCAAGUGAACUUGGCAAAUUUUAAAUUCCCUAACUUACUAAGUGCUGGAAUUGCCUUGGUAAAGGGUGGUGUAAUUCAUCUCAUGUUAGCAUUAAAAGUCGCUUCGUACUCGCUUAAGUGA